AGACAGUAUACCUGUCACCAUCUUUUUAUAGGUGUAACUUCGCAUGUGCCUAAUUCAGAGCUGAGAGCAUGAGCCAUGAGACAGCAAAUUUUUUGGAGCAGGGCUCUGGCGGUCACAUAGUUUUUUUGUUGUAUGGCGGUCGCUGAAUUUGUCGGUAUGCCGGGCAAUCUAGCAGCAGAUUUGCCCUGUGGUCAGCUCUAGAGAGGGUUUGGGACGAGACCUACCCCACCCCGGUCGUUAGGUGCUCAGAGUCGUGGACUCGUGACUCGUGGUCGUGAGCCGCCCUGAGUCAAACUCAGAAGAGGAACAGCUGCCCAAGUGACACCUUUAGUGCGGAGAUAGGACCUUACGCCACUGCUGAGCCGCGGAAGGCUUCACCAUGAACAGCGUGGCGCCUGCCCGGCCGUCGGGGAGUACCGGACGGUCGUGGGUGCCCCAGUGUCUGGUCUGUGACCGCGCGCUGGCCGAGUCGGAGCUGGCCACCUCCCAGGACGUGCACGCGGCCUGUCCGGCUCAGCCAGACGUCUCGUUCCUGGAGAAGGUGCGCUCCGCCGCGCCGGUGGACGGCUGGCCAGACGGCAGCGCGCCCGGCGACCUCGUCUGUCCCCGCUGCGCCGCCUUCGUCAACGACAUCGUCAUCUACGAGAACAGGCUGGCCGACAUGACCAAGCAGCUGGUGGAGAUGGUGACGAACACCACCCAAAGGCGGACCACCUCUUCCAAGGCACUGAGAUCAUCUGCUUCAUCUGCUUCUGAGAAACCGAGAACUCGGCGACCGAGAAAAGCAACGCCCAAAAAGAGCAAGCCGGCUGACUCGGACACCGCUUUACACGAGACAACGGAUGUCUCGGAGACGGACCAACAGCCGGAGGUCCUGGCGGACCCGCUGGCCGAUCUGGGGGACUCGGAUGACGCCGAUGACCCCACGGAACCCGCGGUCAACGUCGAGUCUGGUGGCAGUCCGGCUUCGUCCAGUGACAGCGGCUCGCCCCAGGAGGACGAGGUGACAGACGAUCCGAACUACUCCGACACUGAACAGGUCGGAUCGUCAGCCUCGCAACGGCGGAGAAAGAACCGCUCGUCUAUGCCGCCUCCGCCCGCCCGGGCCAGGCGGGGCUCGCUGUCCCCUCUGAUAGAGGUGGUCCCCGGCCCGCGGCCGUACGCCUGCCGGGUGUGUGACAAACGGUACGCCGACAAGCGCUCCAUCUAUACCCACCUGAAGCUCCACCAGGGUAUCCGGCCGCACCAAUGCACGGUGUGCGAGCGCUCGUUCGUGCGCCGCUCCGACCUGGUCACGCACGCCGCUAUACACUCGGACGAGCGGCCGUUCAAGUGCGACACCUGUCCAGCUGCCUUCCGACAGCACAGCGCACUGAUCGGACACCGCAAGAUCCACACGGGCGAGAAGAGCAACAGCUGCGAGCAGUGCGGCAAGGCGUUCCGCGCCACACAUGAGCUGCGGCGACACAUUGAGACGCACGCUGGCGUCAAGACCCACUGCUGUGACGUGUGUGGUGGCAUGUUCGCCACGGCCAAGGUGCUGGUGCGACACAAGAUGAUUCACAGCGGAGAGAAGCCGCACGUCUGCGCCGUGUGCAACCAGGCGUUCCGCAUGCCGUCGGCUCUGCGGGACCACAUGCGCGUUCACACGGGUGAGAAACCGUUCGUGUGCGAAGUGUGCGGGAAACGGUUCGCCCGGUCGCAGAUCCUGGCGUCCCAUCGGCGGACUCACACCGGCGAGCGGCCGUACCGGUGCCCUCGCUGCGAUAGGGGCUUCUCGCACUCGAGCUCGCUGCAGAAACACGUGCAGCUGCACACCAACGAGCGCCGGUUCCGGUGCACCACGUGCGACCGGGCGUUCAUGGACCGGCGUGCCCUCAGCCGCCACGAGGUGGACCACACGGGCGUGCGGCCGUUCUGCUGCUCCGUCUGCGGCAAAACGCUGCUCUCCAGCCACGCGCUACGCAUCCAUCAGCGUAGCCACCUCGGCAUUAAACCCGCAGAGUGUCACGUGUGCCAGAAAAAGAUGUCCUCUGCUCAGAUGCUGCGCGAACACCUACGUAUCCACACGGGCGAGCGGCCGUUCAGCUGUGAGAUAUGCGGCCGCACGUUCCGCACCGAGCGCAUCCUGUCCUCCCACCGGAGGACGCACACGGGCGACCGGCCGCACGUGUGUGACGUGUGCGGUCGCGCGUUCAGCCAACGCACGCCACUGACGGCUCACCUGCGCAGCCACACUGCCGAGCAGCUGGCGGCCGUGCGUCGGGAGAGGAUCGGCCGCACCGCCGUUCGCACCGCGCAGGGCAUCUUCGACAUCAGGGACGGCAGCUCGAUGCGUCAGCUGGUCACGGUCGGACAGGCUACCGAGCGGGAGGGCGCACCUCAGGGGAUGGGAGGUGCGCCGGCUGUGCCCCCAGCGCCGUCAGCGGCGGUUCAGACCGGUGUCAGCGGGCCGAGCGAGACGUGUCUGACGCUGACCUCUCUGGUCCCCGUCUGUGAGUUCGGGUCCGGCGGUGUCGAGGGUACUGCUGGGAUUGUCGUACCUCUGCUGGAGCAGACACCAGCUUCGACGCUGGUCGUCACAGAAACUUUGUGAGCUGCAUGAUUUUGACGGUCGGUCUAAGGUGUACCUACCGCCGCGUCCUUUUUUAUGGUUUAGCUGUCAGGUUUCUAAUCCGUGCAUGUUUGCAUGCGGGUAACUUAUGUGAGAUUUAGGCGGGUGAAUUAACCUACAUGCAUGUUUUAGUAUCACAGUAUUGAUCUUUUACAUAU